CAAAUGUUGUGCGCCGUCCUGGGACGCUCCAGGAGUAGACGAAAAUAUUUGUCCAGGUAUUUGUCAUCCACAUGGGAAUGGGGGACAUGAAGACCCCAGAUUUCGAUGACCUGCUGGCAGCGUUUGACAUUCCAGACAUUGAUGCCAAAGAAGCAAUUCAGUCUGACACUGUGGAGACUGAUGGUAAUCAUAAUGAGCCCAGGGGUGGUGGUGUUGUUGGAAAGGAAAGAAGUGGUAGUCCAAGACCCACUGGGAACCCUGAGACUAUUCCUUUAGCUCACCAUAAUGAUCCAUCUGUGGUCAGUGUGAUCGUAAAGAACAGUGUACGGUCAGAUGCAUAUAUGGAAGCAAAUGACGAUGAUGACAAUAUGGAUGGGAAUAUAGCUGAAAACUUUGCUGCGACUAAAAGAGGUGUUGAUAGAUCACAGGUAUCUCCUCAGCAGGGUCCCAGUGAAGAUGUCCUGGUGCUUACUGAUCCAUUUAUCUUUACUGGACUCAAGACUGUCUCAGGUGGGGUUACAGAACCCUCUCCCCUGCCCUUUCUAACCCGGACACAGCCGAACAGGCAACUCUGGUCUGUCUCAGCCUCUGGACUUACAAGUGAGUGUAGUGAUGACAACCAGGAUGGCACUUCCUCUAAACACUCUGCUAGCACUUUUUCUCCUCAGUCUUUACCCCCUUCCACUCCUCCCAACUCAUCCUCAUAUUUAAUUGAUCCAAACUGUUCUCCCUCAAAACUUGAUGGUGAAGAAGCACAACAAUUAAAUGGCAUUUCAAGGGUGAGUGUUUGUCGGCGGUUCUCUGAAGAUGAAGAAUCUGAACCAGAUCUUGGAAGCCCCCCACUCGUAAUACAGGAGAGCCCCGAUUCUCAGCUCUGCACAGCUCCCAAGGUCCCACGCAGGCACCAGCCCCCUUCAAGUGUGUUUCAGCCCCCCUCUCCAUCCUCCCCAUCCUUACCAGUUAGUAACACUCAAAUUGAGGAGUCAGCACCCUCUGUCCACCAUCCAGUACUUCUACAAAACACAGUCAAUCUAAACACAGUCACAUCUAUGACCUCCAAAAAUGAACUUCCUGUUGAAGAAAAAAACUUGGAGCAUAUUUUUGAGGAAAGAGAUUCUCCAGAAAGUCCAGAGCCAGAAAUCUCUGCCUGCACUCAUAUGAGCUCAGUUUCAGAGGUUCUCAAGAAGAGCCCGCCUCAACCUCAGACAUGUACGUUUCUGCCCUUAAAUCAGCAAGAAAUAAAUGAGCCUGGAUUGAAGAGAGGAGACACUGCACUAGAAGAUCAAGUCAUAGACAUGCGUCUAGGUGUGAAAGAGCAGGAGAAGAGCGGAGUUCACGUAAAAACGGAGAAUGACGGAGUUGAGAAAACAGAAGUGAAAAUAACAAGUAAAUCCACUGAGUCUAGUUUGGCUGAUUCUGUCUCUGAAGGCAUUACAAACUCCUCCACAACUUCUUCAAAGCCUCUCAAAGUCAGAAUCAAAACCAUCCAAACCUCGACUGGGAACAUCACGCGUACUGUAUCUAGAGUGGCUCCCAAACGAACAGCAGCUGGGGCCUCCAAGGGUCCUGAUGUCUCCAAAGUUCAAACAGGGGCCCGUAAGUCAAUCCAACAAAUCCAAAGAUCUGGUGCUGUUCCUCAAUGUCUCCCUCAGGUGACAAUGUUGCCUGUGUCCACCCUCCAAGAUGCCAGCACAGCUAUGUUAUUUGCGGCCAGCAGGGCACAGAAUAAAAUGACUACCACUCUGUCUGCCAAGGCAGUCAAAAUCACAAGAACAUCAACCCUCCCUGCUGUCUCCACCUCAUCCAUGACAGGAAUUAACAUUUGCUCUUUAGGACAGAAGAAAAUGAAUGGGAACCCAGGGACAGCCAAACCAGCAUCCAUUGUGAACAGUCCAGGAGCUGUGAUCUCACGCAGCCAGUCUAGCCUCGUUGAGGCCUUCAAUAAAAUUCUAAACAGUAAGAAUCCGUUGCCCAGUUAUCAGCCGGACCUCUCCACCUUCCCUCCUCCAGAAUGGGAUCUUCAAUUGCCCUCCACUGGAUACCGUUGCCUGGAGUGUGGGGAUGCUUUUGCCCUGGAGCUCAGCCUGGCAAGGCAUUAUGAUCGGCGCUCUAUGAGGAUUGAAGUGACCUGUAAUCACUGUUCCAAACGAGUGGCCUUCUUUAAUAAGUGCAGCCUGCUGCUCCAUGCACGAGAGCACAAGGAGAAGGGGCUGGUUAUGCAGUGCUCUCACCUUGUCAUGAGUCCUGUCAGUGUGGAGCAGAUGAUUGGCCAGCAGGAUACAGUACCUAUAGGUAAACUCUGUCCACCUGCUCCAGGAUCCUCUGUUCUGCUUGGCGUUAAAGAAAGUAGCGUCCAACUUUCACAAUCUGCUGACAUCUGCUGUCCAGAGUGUUGGAGUCCAUUCAAAGGGAAGGUGGAAAUAGCAGCACACUUCCAAGAGCUUGAGGCUGGUGGCACUGAAACGUGUUGUAUGCAGUGUUCUCCUCCAAUGCCUUUGUUGAACUUGUGCAGUGCUGCAGCUCACCGCAGAUUACAUCAGCAGCUCUCUCCACUGGUCUGCCCUGAGUGUGGAGUCCUUUGUCAGCUUCAUAACCUCAACACACACCUGAAUCAAAUCUGCCUGCACUACUCGCGUCGUCUUGGAUAUAGAUGUGGCUGUUGUCAUUUGGUGUUUGGAGGAGUGAAUAGUCUAAAUGCUGUAAAGUCUCACAUGCAGACAGCUCACUGUGAGGUGUUCCAUAAAUGCCCCUCCUGCCCCAUGGCUUUCAAAUCUUCCUCUGGUGCUGAAGCCCACUGUAUCACGCAGCAUCCUGAACUCCCUGAGACGUCUAGGCAAUCCAAGGAGAUCUAUAAAUGUGUGAUGUGUCGGACUGUUUUUACCCAGAAAGCAUUGCUUAGUGUCCACAUAGACACUCAUUUAGUCAAGCAGAAGAUGCAUGUCUUCAAGUGUCCUGACUGUAACAAGCUCUUCACACAGAGACAUUCCCUCAUUGAGCAUUUCAAGGACUCUCACAGGGACUCCAGUGUUAAGCAGAAUGACAUAUCGGCACAUAAGAAUUUGGUUAAGAUGGAGAGCUCUGAUGGCGAAGAGUGGAGGAGGGAUGAAGAUGAGGACAGACUAAGAGGAGAGGAGAAUUCUGCUGCACCAGAUAUCCAGAGCUGGAGCUGCUCAGAGUGUCAGACGUGCUAUACAGAGAAAGAAAGCUACAUUAACCACAUGUCCGAGCAACAUGACAAGGAACUGAAGAAGUUUCCCUGCACACUUUGUGAAGGCUCCUUCUCUUCAUCCUCAAGUUUAAGACGUCACAUUCGUGUCAAACACAAAGGCAUAAAAAGAGCUUUUUAUUGCCAAUUUUGUACAGGUGGGAAGAAGAGUUUCAGUAGUAAACUCAUUCUUGAGAAACACAUUCAGGCUCAACAUGGAUGUGAAAGAGGAGCAGCCACACAAGGUCAGGCAGUUCCUCAUUUUGCUGAUACAGCUGGCACCUCUUCUGGGCAGGAUGGUGUAUCUAGCAUUUUGGGCGGUGCUUUAAUGAAAGCAGAGAGUCGAUUGGCUGAGAGCAGCCUGACUAGCCGUGGCAGAAGAGCUGCAGCUGAGGGAUUCCACUGCAUGCCAUGUGGUUUUGCCACAGAAGACAGGGAGGAGUUUCUACAGCAUAUUACAUGUCACCGCAGUGAUGGGGGCAGUGCAUUUCAGUGUCAGCAGUGCGGGGCAUGUUUCGCAUCCAACUCCUCUCUUAGCCGGCAUCUCUUUAUCAGCCAUCGCGUGCGUGAUGUUCCCUCUGAGCAGACAGUGGUGUCCCCUGGCACUGGUUACACAUCUGGGAAUGUGAACUCUUACCCUGCUGUUGUAGCAGGGUCCCCGGGGUCACCUUCAAGUAUUGGGGGGUCACAGGAGGAUGGGGAAGGCAAGCACACUUGUAAGGUGUGUGGACGUCACUUUAACAAACCUGCUGAUCUUAAUACACACUUUAGAACUCAUGGCAUGGCCUUCAUCACAACAUACAAAUCAGACAAACCAGCAUAGCGAAGAAUACGGAGCGAGAGGAAAGAAUGAACCUCAUGAAACCUGUCAAGAACAUGUCCAUAUAUUUUCUUUUAAUUUUGGGGUGAAAUAUGCUAAGAAAUUAUAUACAUUUAUAUAGUUCUCUAUGCUUAGUUAAGUAAAAGAAUCGCAGGAUUUUUUCUGCAAUACAGUAAAAAAUUUACCGUAGUACAAUAAUGAGAAUCACCAUCGCGAAUAACGUGAAUUACAAUAAAACAACAACAAACAAACAAAAAAAAAAAAACUUCAAAUGUCCAGAUACAGGAGAAAAUGAAAAUUUGUUUUUGAGUUGCAAUUAUUACCCAUCAUUAAACACUUGUUUACCAGCCCUGCAAUAUUCCUGUGCCUACUGAUUCUGAAUAAUUGUACAGUCAAUUUUCUGUAAAAACAAAAUGCAGCUUAUAAAUGAAAUACUGUAAUUAUUAAGUUUAGCACAGCCAAAAUGCUCCUGAAUCAGGUGACUCCUUCUUGCUUGAAUCAUUAUUUUUGUUUGUUAGAUGUUUCAUUUCUACAGAGAUAAUAAAAUCAGGACUGGCUAAAUAGUAACCUAGAGCUUCAUAUGAAAAGUGCCUUCUUCAUAUAGUAAAAAUGUAACUUAAAGAUUGUUUCCGCACUCUGUGUUUGAGAUUUUGUGGUGUGUGUGUGUGUGUGUGUGUGUGUACAGUAUGUGUGAUGUAUGAAAAAGCAUUGAGCGAGAGAUCAUUAGACGAUGAAAAAUAGUUCAACUUUUACGUCUGUGAUGAAAUUGUUUUUAAUUGUGCCUUAUACAUAUUAUCUCCUGGUUUUUCUAUUGAAGAUGAUUAACAGAACUUUAUUUUACUGUAACAUCUUGCCUGAAUUCCCAGUUUAUUUGUUUGCGGUCUCAAAUGUAUUUUUUGAGAUAAAUAAAGAAAAACUGUUUUUACUAAACCAUUAGUCUGUCCCCUUAAGUGACAAAUCCAUAAAUCUCUUAACCUGGGAAACUACUUAAUGAUAAUUAUAUACUGUAUGUUAAAAAAUAUAUUUUUGAAAUGUCUGUUAAUCUAAUUUGUUUCAAUAACCUUCAAAAAAGUAAAUCCCCACAAAAUUGAUAUUUUUAUGGUUUAAAUGAAUAUUUCACAUUGUCACUUUAAGGUAAAGUACACAAUUGUUAAAAGUACAUCUGAUGCAAGAUAGUCACCUGAGGCUAACUGGAAAUGAAACGUCUAACAAAAGAAUGACUUUCAAAUUUCACAUCAGCUACAGUUUAAACCAAAAUGUUCACAAGGUUUGGACCUAAAAUUAAAAUAGGAUUCCACAUCUGACAUUUGAAUGCAUGUACUGUGAAAAAAGUGCAGUGUUGUCUGUCCAAAUGUGAUUGCAUGAUUUAACCCCAUGGGCUUCCAAAUAACCAUACUUGCAUGUCAUAUUCCACCCCUGCUCUAUGGUACACAUACCUACUCUCUUCCUGCAGCCUUGCACUGUGUUAGCCGUUUUGGGUCAAAAGGUUUGCGUCGAAGUGCCGAGAGAUCAAGCCAAGAGCCGAAUUCCCUUGAAGGAGAAACCAUGGGCUUAAAGGGCAAACUGUCCAUUAGAUCUGACAGAUAUGACUUUAACCAACUCUGCACAACAGAUGGAUGAGAUGAAUGAAA